AUGUCUGAAGCUCCCAAGCCUGUCGAGGAGACGCCUGCGGCUGCUCCUGCCGCUGAAGCUCCCAAGGAGACUCCCGCUGAGUCUACCCCUGCUGAGACUCCUGCUCCCGCCGCCGAAACCCCGGCUGCUGAGGCUCCCAAGGAGGAGGCUACUCCCGAGACUCCUGCUCCCGCUACUGAGGUUGCUGCUGAAGCUCCCAAGGAGGAGGAGUCCAAGGAAGAGACUCCUGUUACCGAUGGUGUACUUGGCCACAAGGGCUCUGGUUUGGUCAAGGGCCUUCGCUUUUCCAAGCGCUUCUUCUACUUCAGCGACGAGCCCGUCGAGUCCAAGCACCUUCACGUCUUCCACCAGAACGAGAAGCCCGCGGUUGCCCACCCAAUCGCUGCCUGGGCCAGCCAGACCGGUAAGGGUCUGCUUUUCUACGUCAAGCGCGCCGAGGAUAAGCUUACUCCCCAGGGCAUCUUCAGCCUGGCCGAUAUUACCGACCUGACCAAGGAAGGUUUCAACGAGUUCCACUUCAAGGUGAACGGCCAGAAGCAUACUUUCCAGGCUGCUACUGCCAAGGAGCGUGACAGCUGGUUGGCUACCCUUCGUGCCAAGAUCGAGGAGGCCAAGGCUCAGAAGGAAGCUAUCACUUCCAGCGAAGGCUUCAAGACAGAACUUGAGAAGCUCCCCCUUCGUUUCCCACCCCCUCCCAAGGCUGUCGAGCCCAAGGAGGCCCCCAAGGAGGAGGCUACUCCGGCAGAGGAGAGCAAGGCUGCCAGCAAGAGCCGCUCUCAGUCCCGUAAGAGGACUAGCCUCUUCGGUUCCUUCCUAGGAAAGAAGGAGGAGACCGAGGAGAAGAAGGAAGAGGCUAAGAAGGAAGAAGCCGAAGACAAGGAGGAAAAGCCUGCCGAGGCUGCUGCAACUCCUGCCGAGUCUGCACCUGCGGCCGAGACUCCCGCCGAGGCCCCUGCCCCUGCUGAGACCCCUAAGGAGGAAAAGACGCCCGAGACUCCCAAGGAGGAGAAGAAGCCUGAAGCUCCUGCUACCAACAACCACAAGGGCAAGCGCACUUCUAUCUUCGGUAACUUCUUCCAGAAGGUGACCAGCCCCAGUCACGAGAAGACUGAGAAGGAGGCCACGGCACCCGCUCAGAGUUCUGUGCCCAGCACUGCUCCCCAGCUUGACAAUCCUGUUGAGGAGACUCCUGCUCAGCCUCCAGCUGACCCCGAGAAGGAAACGGCUCCUGCUGAGCCUGAAGCCCCCAAGGAGGAGGCUGCCGGCAGUCCUGCCGAAACCCCUGCCAAGGAGACUCCUGCUAAGGAUAAGCGUCGUACGUCUUUCUUCGGUAACCUGGGCGGUAAGAAGGACGGCUCCGACAGCGAAGAGCACAAGUCCAGCAAGCUCGGUAGCCUGUUCCGCAAGCCCAGCAAGGCUGUGAAGUCUGAGAAGAAGGAGAAGAAGGAAGACAAGGAAACUGCUGCUGAGGCUAAGACUGAACCGGCCGAAGAGCCCAUCAAGGAGUCUCCUGCCGAGGAGGCUUCCAAGCCUGCCGAAUCCACCGAGCCAGUCCCUGUUGCUGCCACUCCUGCGCCUGUCCAGGCUGCUGCAUGA